AUGCGUCUCCCACUGCCACACCAUUCCCAAGUCUUCUUGUUACUCUCCCUCCCUCUUCUACUCACCGCCCUCUCCCUCCUAUCCCAUACACGCGCAACCUCCCCUUGCGGAGGUCCAUGCCAGAACACCAUUGACUGCGACGACGAUCUCAUUUGGUCCGACAGAAAAUGCAGCGACGACCCGGUUAAUAACGUUCACAUAUCUAACCCUGGAGACUGCGGCCCCGGCGGCGGCUGCCCCGGAGGCGGCGGUUCCGGCUGCGGCGAAGGUCCCAGUGGUGUCGCUUCCGGACCUCUCUCGGGAGACGACGAUUGCCAUCCGUCCUACAACUUAACAUGCGUUUACAGAGACUACCCAAUCUUCAAUUGCUCGCCGCCGGUGACCGCGUGCACGCACGCUCGCCUCAUGAACGUAGCAUUCAAGGAUGGCGGCCAAGGCGAGCUGCCGUCGACGUCCUGCAACAAAAACGGGACCUCGGCAAAUGUGGUGGCUUUAUCGACGGGAUGGUUCGCAAAUAUGACGCGGUGCGGACAGAUGAUCCGGAUAUGGGCAAACGGGCGGAACGUGACGGCAGAGGUGGUGGGGGAGUGCGACUCAACGGCGGGGUGCGACACGGAGCACGCGAUGCAGCCGCCGUGCGGCCCAGACGUGGUUGAUGCGUCGGAUGCUGUGUGGCGUGUUCUUGGGCUGAAUGCAUCAGACACUGGAGUGGACGUCACCUGGGCCGUCGCCUAG